AUGGUUCAUAACAAACAGAAUUCACAGGCAAGGGCUGAGAAGGAGGGAACAAGCACCAGGGUGGAUGCAGCCUGCUCCCACCACCCAGGUCCCACAGGCUUCAGGCUGGACAGAGAGCGGGUGUACUGGGAACUGAGCGAGCAGACCCAUAAUGUCACACGGCUGGGCCCCUACACCCUGGACAGGGGCAGUCUUUCCGUCAAUGGUUAUAACCAUCGGUACUGGUUCCCCACCACUAGCACUCUGGUUACCUCCACAUUCCCUCCAGGAUCCCCAGCAUCUCUGACUCCCACCCCCAGCUCUACAGAUGUGGGCCCAGCCCCAGUGCCUUUUACACUCAGUUUCACCAUCACCAACAUGCCCUACACCCCAGAUAUGAGGCAUUCAGGCUCUGCAAAGUUCAACUCCACUGAGAAGGCCCUGAAUCACCUGCUUGGUCCUUUGUUCAAGAACACCAGCAUUGGCCCACUGUACUCUGGCUGCAGACUGACCCUGCUCAGGACUGAGAAGAAUGGGGCAACAACUGGAGUGGACGCCAUAUGCACGUACCACCCUGAUCCUAUGGGCCCUGGGCUGGACAGAGAAGAGUUGUACCAGGAGCUAAGUCAGCUGACCUUUGGUGUCACACUGCUGGGCCCCUACACCCUGGACAGUGACAGUCUCUGUGUCAAUGGUUAUAACCAUCAGUACUGGACCCCAGCCACCAGCACUCCAAUGACUUUUACCUUCUCUCCAGAAUCUUCCACGUCUCUGUCCCCCAUCCUCAGCUCUACAG